UGCAAUUAAAAACAGGAAAGACUUUAUAUGGAACCGAUAGGACGAACAGAGGGCAGUGUAUUUGUUUUACUCGGAAAAAAAAAUAAACGAGUUUUUGUUAAAAAUGAAUUGGAAAUUAUUAUGUUGGUUCACGCUUGGAAUUUUCGUGGAUGUUGAAUCUUUAACCAAGCAACAGUUGAGGAAUACAGCGAAAACAUUAAGAAAAUCUUGUAUGGGCAAAACCCAAGUUGCAGAGGAUUUAAUCAAAGAUAUAGAAAAAGGAAUAUUUAUCGAAGACAGAGACGUUAUGUGCUACAUGGCCUGCAUUUAUCAAAUGACGCAAGUUGUAAAAAAUAACAAAUUGAAUUAUGAGGCAUCGAUAAAGCAAGUAGAUCUAAUGUAUCCAGCUGAAUUGAAGGAGGGCCUGAAAAAAUCUAUUGAGAAAUGUAAGGAUGUGGCCAAAAAGUACAAGGAUAUUUGCGAGGCAUCGUUUUGGACGACGAAAUGUGUUUACGAAGAUAACCCCAAGGAUUUCAUAUUCGCUUAACACACAAAUAAAUUGUAUUAAAUCUA